AUGAGAACUCAGUCGAUUUCCCUUCUAUUCUUCGUGAUCGGAUAUGUUUUGUGUCAACCACCGAUGGGCGGUCAACAACAACCACAAGAUCCACCAUUUUUGCAAGGGGCCUCUGACUCAGUCAAAUCGAGCUUCCGAGCACUCUUUGAAAACACCGACAAUUUUACGGAGAAACAAAUGGAUGACAAAGUGAAUGCAUGGAUUGCACAACAGUCAACGACUAUUCAGAAUCAGUAUAAACAGUUUCAACAACAAAUGAAACAAAUGAAGCAACAAGCACAACAAGCCCAUCAACGAGCCGUCCAAACGCUCAGCUCCGGCGCCAAGCAAGCCGAUGCUGAUCUCAUAAAGAUCACCGACAACGCCAAUUUGACUCCAGCGCAGAAGAAUCAACAAAUCAGCGACUACAUUUCGAAAUUGCAAAAGAGUAACCCGUCGGUGGCGGCCGAGAUUCAACAACUCAUGCAACAAGCACCGCAAAUGAUGUUU